CUGUAACUGGCGGUGUUUACCCGUCACCAGGCGUCCUCCACCACACAUGGUACAGGUAAUCCGACCGGGCCAAAGGAGCUGUGCCGUACCUGCAGUUCUGUUCCGAAACCGUCAGUUCCUGAAGACGGUUCAUCCAGUGCACAGCAAGCGACAGUAUCAGUUGGAGGCGUGCUUUCGGAGAAACAUUCAAAAAAUUUACCUCCGGCUUAUCAAACGCCUCCCAAACUCAAACGCAUACGAUCGUGGUGUGAGCGAUAGAACGAGGCGAAACGUGUAAAUAACAGUACCGUGGCACCGUGUAUUGAAUUGAUUUGAUUGAAUCUCAACAGCACAGUAAUAAGGGCACGGCAACAAGGCCAAGAUAGUCGAAAGCUCAUCGAAUUGCUAGCCACGCCAGUGGCCAGUCGAACUCGGGCAGCCAAGACCAACUCUGGCAGGAAUAUUGCACCUGCAGUCGCAAAGGCAACGUGCGUUCGGGAUCACACGAUGUGCAAGGAGCGGCUGUGCUAUUCCGAUGACAACUUUGCACGGCUGGCGUAAGGAGCAGCCAUUGGAACCUCCUUAGCAGCGCCAGAUAGUGUCCGUAGUGUGACCAUAGUCGUGCUGGGGUGGUAGUGUGCAAUAAGUUGCAGUGGUGAUAGGUGACCGUUCGUGAAGGUCGUGAUCGACGUCGAUCGCCGGCAGGACAGCUCCUUCCCUGGUGUGCCAGCACACGUUCGAAGGACGAAGGAAAUUAAAUGUGAGAUAUUGGCCCACCCGGACAUACGUCCGCCGCCGUCGUGGCUUUGCUGUUGAAGUAGUCGUCCUCGGCUGCGACUGACGAGACAAGCGAUCCGUAAUUGUCCACCGACCAUCUAGUCAUGUUUUCAGCCGCGCGCUCCGUGGCCGCCAGCGGCUCGUCUCGCUUGAACCGCGACAGCCCGAUCAACUGGCUCCGGAAGGUGGAUGGCUCGUGGGAGGAGGAUCUGGAGGGCGGUGCGCGGCAGAACGAACGGACGCCACUGCUGCUGGCUGCCGGGGGCCGCGGGGUACGAUCCGGUGGUCAGCUGGGUGAGUAUCACACGCCGAAGCAACGGCGUAGCGCCGAUCCCAACAAGGUGCACCCGAUCGCGCUCCUACUGAUGCUGGGGUUGGUCGUGUUCCUGUUGCUGGGCGUCGCGAUUGGCGUGUACUUGCUGGUGCUGCAGCUCGAUCGUCCUUGGCCGGUAUCGCACCCGUUCUUUCUCGUCGACCGUGCGGCCUGGUGGCACCAUCCGGUGGAACUGCACGCACCUGCCCUCGAUCGGACCGCCAUCACGGACGUGAUCGUACUGCACACGCACACCAUCGGCUGCUUCACCCAGGAGGACUGUCUGCGGUUCCUGCAGCGCACCGAGGACAACUGUUGGGCCACCGGCAAGGAGCACAUUCCGUUUAACUUUCUGAUCGGUGGCGACGGCGUGACGUACGAAGCGCGCGGCUGGAAGAGUCAGCACGGCUUCACGGAUCUACCGGGACACAACACCACGCUGGUGGUGGGUUUAAUCGGGGACUUUACCGAACGGCAGCCACCGGAAGUGCAGUACGCCGAGCUGAAGGCUCUCUUCACGGAGUCGAUUCGUCGCUUCAGCCUAUCGGCACAUUAUCGCAUCCACGGAGUCACUCGUGGGGCUCAAUCCGCCGGCGACGCCACCGCACUGUACAGCCAACUGCAACGCUGGCCACACUGGGCCGGUCUGGUGGCGGUCUAAGUUCCUCGGGUCAAUUCAAAACCGCAACGCACCGCUGAUCUUUGAAUAUUGUUUUAUUUAUAUCUCUCACUGCUCCUUACCUAUUUCGGUUGAUGCCUAACGCUUGCAAAGUAUUAAACACUGCUGCUGAAGUUCUGCUUCUUAAGCGGACGCGGUGCUGGUUCGCUUGGGCGCUGUUCCGCCUUCCGGCGGGGCAACACGCUCACGCGAGAAACGAAGAAUUGACCAAAAAUGGAAAUAAAAACACACCAACCACGCACAAAAACCUGUAGACAAGCCACACG